AACAUUUUAUUGCAUCGUCAAUACUGCUGACACAUUAACCUUUUUGAAAUGGUUGUUUUAUUUAAUAGAAGAAAAAAUUUCAAUGAUAAACUGCAAUAUCGCGGUUAAAAAACAUUAUAUCUAUUAACAACAGUAAGCACAGGAAGUUGAUAAAAUAAGCUACGCAUAGUACUCAUUGACGUCAAAUGCUACGCUCUUAAUUGAGAAAAUAGCGAUAGUGUAUAGCUUUGAACAGGAAUUUCUUACAAGCAACAAGUAUUAUUUUAACCCAAUUUAUCGUCAUUAUCUACAUGCCUUACAUGAUACAACCUCCAAGAAGAAGGUACUUUAUAUACUACUUCAAGAAACGUUCUCCAAAUGUUCAACCAAGUACCAAAACUCGGUGAAAAGAAAAUCAAAGAUAAAAACGAAACAUGGACAUUUUUCAACGUAACAAACUACAGAACGUUAAUGCGUUAUUGUAUUUUCGUAAAUAUGUGCAUUGGAUUUUUGCGCUUUAAAAUUGUCUCAUCGAGAUACAUAUCAAAAUUUCGUUUUUCAUUUUCUGUGAUCUUGGUGAUCAUUUUCAGCAUUUGUAUGAUAUUAGCCAUAUACAAUGUUAAUUACGUUAUUGAAAUCGACAAGUCCAUGGGUUUACACAGCAAUUUCAUUUUGUUCUUGAGUCCCAUGAUCGUUAUAUGUGGCUACAUUUCAAAUCAUUCUACCGUACGAAUGAUUGAGAAAGUGAAAAAUGUUGCUACUCUGCUGCCACCGAAAACCAUUCGCAAAUUAGCCAAACUGGUGUACGCGAAGGACGUGUUGCUUCUCAUCCCAUUUAUUCCGUAUUUUCUAUUUAGUGUGAAGGGAUUUGGAUACAUAGUUGGUUGCACCUGUUGGUACGUGUUUUUGUCGAUGGUAGCGGCAAACGCUUUGUACGUGAACAAUGUGUACGUGUUGAAAGCUUGUUUUGAAAAAAUAAAUGAUUCCUUGGUAAAACUGAACGAAACGGUGAUCAACGAAGAGCCGCAUCUUUUCAGCAGAGUAUAUCAAUCGCAGGAAAAUCCUGAGUUGCUCAAACAACUGAGAAAUCUUAGAAAACAACAUUUAAAAAUCACUGUUGCUGUCCGGUUAAUUAACGAGACGUAUAAUAUUCAAAAUAUCGGAUCACUUAUAAUGAUCUUCAUUGACCUCACGUUUAAUGUGUAUCAUUAUGUGGUAAUUUUUACUCAAGGGGAUAUCGUUACCAUAUGGUUUUCCGAUAUUAAUAUGUAUAUUAUACAUUAUACUUUCAAUUUGAUUUUGAUUGUUUGGACCACCGAGACGACUAAGAUCCAAGCCCAGCAGAUUGGUUCUAAUGUUCACCGAAUCGUCGUGAAUACUUUUGACAAACAGACGACGAUCGAGUUGGAAUUAUUCUCGUUGCAAGUACUGCAGUGUGACAGCACCUUCUCGGCGAUGGGUCUUCCGAUGGACGCAACCAUUUUGACAAAGAUAGUGUGCUCUAUUUCCACUUAUGUAGUACUAUUGGUACAAUCUUUGCUUGUAAAGCCCUGUUAAGAAGAAGCUCUAAUGUAAUGAUUUUUAAUUGAAUAGUGAAGAAACAAUUAUGGUCGAUUGACGAAGAG